UUUCUUUCUUUUAAAUUACUUUGCAUUUCAAUAAUUGUGUUUGAAAAAAGAGAUUCAGAUUCAGUAAAAAUGCAAUAACAGGCAUGAGAUGCAUUAAUAAUCUGGAGCAAAAUUAGAUCUGACUAAAUUCUCAGAAAUGAGCAUGAACUGCAGUUUCAUCUGCUUUCUACAGAAUCCCUGAAUUCACAGAUGCUCUGCCCAUGCUCACUUAACCAUUUUUGGUUUGUUUUUUUUUUUUUUUUGUCGUCAGACAACCAAUGUUUUUCUUUUCUGUGUUUGGGAGUUCUGUUUUUCUCAGUUUUCACUAAAGGGAAGUGAGAUUUGCUGAGGCAGACUUGUUUUCUAGCUCAGUGGUUAGACGUGUAGCAGACUCGAGAAGAUCAGGGAGGGAAUCAUGAAUGCUACGGCUUAUCUUCACGGAGAUGAGGAGACCGAACUGGGCUCGGUGGGGGCAUGUGUGAUCCUGGCCGUGUGCUUCCUGGUGGGUACACCUGGGAACCUUUUGGUGAUGUGGACCAUCUUGAAGUAUGUGAAAGAGCGCUCUCACACGGUGCUGCUCAUCCUCCACCUUGCAGCCGCAGACCUUCUGGUGCUGAUCACCCUGCCGCUGUGGAUCUACUCCCUGGCCCGUUCCUGGGUGUUCGGAGAGGCCGUCUGCAAAGCCAUGGUGUACAUCAUCAAUGCCUGCAUGUACGGCAGCGUCUUCAUCAUCACCAUCAUGAGUGUGGAGCGCUUCCUGGCUGUCAGGUACCCCUUCUUCUCAAUCAGCUGGAGGAAACAAGCUCUGAACAAGAUACUUUUAAUAAUAUGGAUGGCCUCAUUUCUCCUCAGUAUUCCUGUCAUUGUAACUCACACUUUGGGAGAAGUUCAUGGACACGAUCAGUGUACUUUCAGGGAGUACACGUCUGACAUCCAGGAGGCUGUGUUGCUCAUUUUAGAAACUCUUAUAGGCUUCAUCGUCCCCUUUUUUACUAUGCUGGUCUGUUACGGCUGCCUCUUUAAUCGCAUUGCGCAGAUGAACUUUAGGUCCAAACGUAAAUCGACGGUUCUCAUCUGCAGUGUGGUUGUGAUAUUCGCGCUCUGCUGGAUACCUCAUCAUGUGGGGAAUUUCCUUUCCCUCAUCUCGCUGGCUCUCAAGCAUUCAAACCCAGACAUGGCAGAAAGUUUGGAGGACGCCUGCACCACAAUGGCCAUUAUAGCAGGAGCCUUAGUGUUCAUCAGUAGCUCAGUAAAUCCAGUGCUUUAUGUGUUUGCCGCACGUAGCUUCCGCAGCUCGCUCCGGGAAACUGGAAUACAGAAGCUGUUUCAACAUCUGUCAAGUUCAGCAUCAGUUGAAAGAAAUAAAGAGUUAUCAUUUGUGUCCAAAAGACAAAGUUCACACACCACCAACUCACAGUCUCUCAUAGACUCAAAACUGCCUGAAGAUGUGGCUGUGGAAUCAUGUAUCAGUACCUCAGAUUGACUUUGUAAGAAGCUUUUUAGCCAGGAACUUAAUAAAAUUACCAACAAUAAUCAUAAUAACGGUUGUUUCUCACAAAAGAGUGCAUGAGACUUUAAAUGUAAUUUUGUAUUUCAGAAUUGUUGAAAUGUAAACAAAUUGAAAUCAUUUUAAGUGAAAUAUAUAUUCUUAUGUGUUUUAAGUAUAUUUUAAUAUUCACUGAGAUGUUUUUUUUUUUUUUUUUUUAAUUGCAACUGCAGAUUCUACAAUGAAAACACUUUUACAUUUGUGAUCAAGUGCUUUUAUAACUGUCUUUUUGGGAUCAAAUUCCCUUUCAUCUGCAAUGCAUUAUGAUUUCAACAUCUUCCAUUUUCUCGUUGCAACGUGUGUGACUCUCUCAGUGGUGUGAAAGAGGAAGUGGGCAUUAAAAGGAACAGAGAAUCAACUGACCAUUGCUAAAGAUGAACCCAGAGAGAAAAGGAAGGAGAUGCUUGGCAGACAUGGAAUCUUCACCUAAGUUUGACACACAGUGGACAAGUGAGAGGACUGCAGAACAUUAUUAGUAGGCUAUUUAUUAAUAGUUUUUUUUUUUUUACUGUGCCAUAAAGUAAGGCACUGUCAUGAUUUUUUUUUUUUAUUAUUAUUUGCUGUAAUUUACCAAAUUUGUCAUUAAAACUUUUUUUUUUUCUGUUGUCCUGUUGUGAUUUCUUUGUCAACCUAUAUAUUUUUUUUCUUUAGAGAGUAGCUGAAUGGACUAAACACUCAAAAGCAUUACAUAUUAAAGAAAAAAAAGCUAUAUUAAGAAGCAAAUUCAAAAUUUGACAUUAAUUGCGUUUACUCCAAAAAAAACCAAACCAAAACAA